ACGUAUUACAACUUCCUGUUUCGGGAAGCGCUGAGUUGGGCUCUUGUUCGUUAUCCAGCUAGUAAGCGUGAAUGUUCAACAGGACUGUAUAACCCUAGUGUCCGAAUGUGUGUACAGUGUUAAGAACCAAAAGGUGUGACUCACUGCACUUCGUGAAACAAUGGCGGACAGUCCGGAUUUGCCACCAAGCGACGAGCAGAAUUUAGAGAUACAAGGCUCUGUUACUAAUUGUUCCUCUGUUGUGAUAAUGGAGGAACAGGAUGAUAGCCUGUUUAAUGACCAACAUUUCUAUUGUGAGAUGUGUCACCAGCAUUUCAUUGACCAGUGUGAAGUUCAUGGUCCACCUUUAUUCACAUGUGACUCGCCAACAGCUAUGGGCAUUCCUCAGAGAACUCUGCUGACAUUGCCACAAGGUUUGGUUAUAGGUCGAUCAAGCAUCUCUAGUGCAGGACUUGGGGUUUUCAACCAAGGCCAGACUGUGCCAGUGGGGAUGCAUUUUGGACCUUUUGAUGGAGAGGUGACCACUAAAGAAAAGGCAUUGGAUAGUGCCUUCUCCUGGGUAGUUUACAGAGGCAAUAAUCAGUAUACUUACGUAGAUGCAGAGAGAGACACUCACUCUAACUGGAUGAAGUUUGUGGUGUGCUCAAGGAGUGAGACAGAACAGAAUCUUGUUGCAUUCCAGCAAAAUGGACGUAUUCUCUUCCGUUGUUGUCGCCCUAUUAGCCCAGGGCAAGAAUUUAGAGUUUGGUAUGCUGAAGAAUAUGCUCAAGGACUUGGCAUCACCUGGGAUAAAAUUUGGGAUAAGAAAUGCGUUUCUCCAGCUGAAGAACAGGCAACUCAGGACUGUCCAUGUCCUUAUUGCGAUUACUCCUUCCCAACCAUUUUUUAUCUGCGUGUUCAUGUGAAGCGCUCACACUCCGAUGAGUAUGCACACUUCAUGCAGACACAGCCGCUUGAGUCUGUAGACAUAGACCAGUGCCUUCUGGCCUCUGAUGCAGCUCCUUCAACCCAUAUGCAGCCAACGAUAGAAAGCUGUCAAGUUUCAACCCUAAAUGGUCAACCCAUCGAUCAGUCAGAAAAGUCAGACUGUGCUGAUUUGUCUGAUACAUGCAGUAAUGGUUUGAGUGACCAGGCAAACUGUGAAACUGAGGUCUCGGAUGAAAUUAAUAAAUGUGGUGAGUGUGGCCGUAACUUUUUGAGAUCUUGUCAUCUGAAAAGACAUCAGCGCACUAUCCACUCCAAAGAGAAGCCUUAUUGCUGCAGCCAUUGUAGGAAGUGCUUUAGUCAAGCAACAGGGCUGAAAAGACACCAACAAACCCACCAGGGGGAGGAUAAGAAAGAGAAAGAUGCUGACAGACCUUCUGAUAUAUACCCUUGCACAAAGUGCUCCUUCUCUUUUGUGGCCAAAUCCAAUUUAUAUCAACAUCUGAAACGCCAUCACCAUGGAGAGUACCUCAGGUUAGUUGAGAGCGGCUUGCUCACAGCAGAGACUGAGGGUGGUGCGGAGACAAUUUCUGACAAGCAUGACCCAAACUAUGAACCUCCUACUCGAGUAAGGAGGCCUGUGAAGAACACCUUAAGAGGCAGGAGUCACCCUAAAAAAGUGCCUGUUGGCCGACCAAGGGGGCGACCACCUAAAAACAAGCAUGCAGCUCAGGAUGAAGUGCAGAAGAGUUUGUUCAUCUGCACAGAGUGUGAAGAAAGUUUCUCUGAUUUGGAGACACUAAAAGCUCACCAGUGUGCAGGACAGGAUAGUAAUAAUUUAGAGGGACCACAGGAAGAAGCUGAUUCUCAGUAUGUAUGCGGUGAAUGCCUGAGAGCUUUCAAUAAUUUUGAUCUUCUCCAAGCCCACGAGUGCAUUCAGCAGGGAGAAGGAUCUUACUGUUGCUCCCUCUGCAACCUUUACUUCAACCGUUUGUGUAACCUUCGCCGCCAUGAGCGUACUAUCCACUCCAAGGAGAAGCCCUACUGCUGCACGGUGUGCCUCAAAUCCUUCACCCAGUCUUCUGGCUUGAAGCGCCACCAGCAGAGCCACUCACGCCGCAAAGCCCACCGCCAGAGCUCAGCCCUUGUUGAUGCCAGCAUCUUUCCCUGCACAUACUGCCCCUUCUCUUUCACCGAUGAGCGCUAUCUUUACAAGCACAUCCGUCGCCACCAUCCAGAAAUGAGCGUUAAAUAUCUGAGUUUUCAAGAAGGGGGUGUUUUAUCUGUUGAAAAGCCUCACAGCUGCAGCCAGUGCUGCAAGAGCUUUAGUACAAUCAAGGGCUUCAAGAACCACAGCUGCUUCAAGCAGGGGGAGAAGGUGUAUCUGUGCCCAGAUUGCGGAAAGGCAUUCAGUUGGUUCAAUAGCCUCAAGCAACACCAGCGCAUCCACACAGGAGAAAAGCCUUACACGUGUAAGCAGUGCGGAAAGAGUUUUGUCCACUCCGGACAGCUGAAUGUGCACCUCCGCACACACACGGGUGAAAAACCUUUCCUGUGUUCACAGUGUGGCGAAAGCUUCAGGCAGUCGGGAGAUUUGAGGAGGCAUGAGCAGAAGCAUUCAGGCGUUCGACCAUGCCAGUGCCCUGAUUGUGGAAAAAGCUUUAGUCGGCCACAAAGUCUCAAAGCUCACCAACAGCUUCAUAAUGGCACCAAACUUUUCCCCUGCACUCAGUGUGGAAAAAGCUUCACUCGUAGAUACCAUCUCACCCGGCAUCAUCAGAAAAUGCACUCCUGACUGAAGUAGUAAAGACCUUGAUGAAUUUAUGGAUGUCUUAUGAAAAGUCUGUUGCUCCUGUUUUAAGAUCUUCUUCAGUUCAUCUUUAAGUUCUUGUAAGACAAAAUUAUCUAGCCAUUGAAAAGAUUCCAUUUUUGUUGAGACUGUUAGACAGGUGUGAACAAAGCAUUUUUGAGUGUAACAUUAUGGGGCACAAUAUUGCUUGGGUAGUUGGUCUCCAAAGUCACAGAGCCAUUUAGGCUGGCUGUAAUAAGUUUACUAAAAAAAAAAAGUUAGCAGAAGUCAAAACUAUAUUUUAUUAAUGACAAAAUGUGUAAUUGUUCAACAGUAUGUUCCUUUGAUCCUAGUAAAAUAAUUUUGUAAAUGUAUGUGUUGCAAGAUGUUUUCUUUUAGUCAAGAAACUUCAAAGAUGGGAAAAUGGAGGAAACAUAUCAUACCCCUCUGUGCAUCACCUGAUGUAGUGAUUAUCUGUUGUAGUGCUUCUGUUAUUUUUUUCUUUUUAGUAGGCAUACAACUGAUCUUAUAGGCUCAUUUAGUAUAGCUUAUCUCCCUUCAAAUAGUAGGUAUAAGGAAGCUACUACAUCUAACUAUGCUUUACUGUGAUUGUGAUAUUGCAAAACUUGCAACCAGAAACUAUUUUCCUUAGUCUGCUUAGCCACUAAUACUCUUUUAAUUUUUCUUUUGUUACAAAUGGGCCUCCUAAAAUAUUUUGAUGCUCAUUUGUACGCUGUGAGCAUGGUUGCUGUCAUGUGUCUUUGCCAUACUUGUAUAUUGUAUAAAAUGCUAUGUGUUUAUUGUCUGAUUUAAAUUCAUCUUUAUCAUGAUGUGCACAAACCAAGUAGAAAAAACCCUCCAGCUCUGACCUUGACCACAGUAAAGAGCUGGUUUAGCAAAAUGAUACAUGUACAUGUAAUGUCUACAAGUUGAGAUCCUUCUAUCUUUCUAUUAUAUUUUAAAUAAGUUGUAUAAUAUUUACAUUAUACAAAUUUUUUAUAUAGAUAUUGUAAGUAUGAUCGUAUAGUAUUGCAACGACAAUACCUGGUACAUUAAUUCUACUAUCCAGUGUAUGACUGUGCUUUUUAGCAAAUUACUGUUCAUAGAACAUUCCAGUAUGUGGAUCUGGUGAUUUUCUUUUAGAGAUACCAUAAAGAUCACAUCUGUUUUUUCUCUUCUCUAAAUCAAGUAAAAUCAAAUAAGUGAGGUGUUCACUGAUACAGAAGGCCUCACUGAUGUGCUUUAUGUGCUGAAUUGUGAGUGUUAAGAUUUAUACAUAAAACCAUCUGUGUCAUUGCUGCAAAAUCACCUCAAAAACCCCUGGAUCUUUGAGAUUAGUGACUAUUUCAGAGAGCUAGAAGAUGCUCAUGCAUUGUUGACAUGCACAUUGGGGCUAUGCAAGUUUCCCGUCUUCAUGGAAACGAUUUAACCUUCAAAUACAUUUAUAAAAUAAUUAAUAGAACAAGUUUUUUUUUUCUUUUUCCUUCAGCUCAUUGGCAAGAUGUUUGACUAACAAAGAGUUCUCUGAUGUAGAUUAUGUAUUACAAAUAUGACUUUAGUCUGUAUUUUUUUUCUCAAUUUGUACCACAGAGGCACUCUAUUAAAAGCUGUUGAAUGGU